AAGAUGGCGGCUAGUAUACCUGGGCCAGAAACAUACUUUAGUUAAUCAUGAAGAUAACUGUUCCAACACAAUAAAAUAACCCCCAGUUUCACGAGGGAGUUCAGUUUUUAAAUGAGAACGGCAACAUUUGGAAAUACUAGAAAUUUCAGAUUAAUUCUGAAAUAAAUGAAUAAAUAUCCCCGAUGGUUAGAAAGCUACAAACCACAUGCAGACACAUGGUGCCGCUGUUCACUAAAGAAACGGUGUAACAGCAAUUAAAAUUGAACUCCUCCCUCCAGCGACGGAAAAUUACAGUCAUUCAGAGCCUGAUGUCUGGAUUGAAACCUGUACGCGGAUAUUAAAGGUUUUUCCCCCUCAUCUACUUCAAUAUCUACGAAAGGAGAUAACUUAAAAGAAGGCAAACCGCGUCAGCUAUGGCUCUUCUCCGGCGAGACGCCCUGGUAACCGGGCAGCUGCUGCGGUUGGUUCUGUUACACACGGCCUGGGAAGUGGGCAGCGGCCAGGUCCGUUAUUCCGUGCCGGAGGAAUCCAAACACGGCACCUUUGUGGGCCGCCUGGCCCAGGACCUGGGGCUGGAGGUGGCGGAGCUGGUGCCUCGGAUGUUCCGGUUGGUCUCCAACAGCAGGAGAGACUAUUUUGAGGUAAAUUUGCAGAACGGUGUUUUGUUUGUUAAUUCGCGAGUAGACAGGGAAGAACUGUGCGGCCAGAGCCCCCUGUGCGCCAUUGACCUGGAGGUGAUCGUGGACAAACCCCUGAGGAUAUUUCACGUGGAAGUGGAGAUACAGGAUAUAAAUGACAAUGCUCCUGCUUUUCCCGUACCUGAAAAAAAUCUAUUUAUUUUAGAAUCCAGACUCCCAGACUCGCAAUUUCCACUAGAGGGCGCAUCUGAUGCAGAUAUUGGUACAAACUCUCUGCUAACCUAUAAACUCAGCCUAAAUGAAUAUUUCAGUGUAGAUUUGCAGAAAAAUAACGAGCAAAGAAAAUCGUUAGUCCUUCUGUUAAAAGAAGCUCUGGACAGAGAGGAAACCUCUGAGCAUCAUUUAUUACUCACCGCCACUGAUGGGGGCAAACCGGAGCUGACGGGCACAGUUCAGCUGGUGAUCACUGUGCUGGAUGCCAAUGAUAACGCGCCUGUAUUUAAUCAGUCCGUCUAUGAAGUGCGUUUGGUAGAAAAUGCGGCUAAUGGAACAUUAAUCAUUAAACUCAAUGCAACCGAUUUAGAUGAGGGAAUUAAUAAAGACAUUUCAUAUUCAUUUAGUAAUUUUUUUAAUCCUAAUUUAAGAAACAUGUUUAGUCUAGAUCCAAACACUGGUGAAGUAAGAUUUAAAGGAGCAUUAGACUUCGAAAAUAUCAGUUUAUAUGAAUUUCAAAUCGAAGCAACUGAUAAAAGUGCUUUCCCCUUGACUGGACAUUGCACCCUGGUGGUGGAAGUUUUAGACGUGAACGAUAACGCCCCUGAGCUGGCCGUGACUUCCCUUUCUCUGCAGUUGCCGGAGGACGCUGCCCCGGGGACAGUGGUGGCUCUUAUUAGCGUCUCUGACCGGGACUCGGGAGACAACGGCAAAGUCACCUGCUCCAUCCCCCAGAACCUGCCCUUUCGGCUCGUCUCCACCUUUAAGAAUUAUCACUCGCUGGUGCUGGCGGAGGCCGUGGAUCGGGAGCGAGUGUCUGAAUAUAAGAUCCUGGUGACAGCCAGAGACGAAGGGACCCCGUCUCUCUCGGCCAGCAGCAGCAUUUUGGUGCCGAUCGCGGAUGUGAACGAUAACGCCCCUGCUUUCCCUCAGCCCGUUUAC